CAUAAGGUUAUCACAAUAAAGUGAACCAAAUAUUUUUGUAAAACUUUAAAGUUAAAUAUCGAAACCGAAACUAUACAAAAAAUGGCACCAGUUUUUGAAUCGAGUUUUUCAAUUAGAUCAAUUCUAUCAGAUUCAUCAUCGAGCAGUGGCAGUAAUAGUGACGAAGAAAUUCAAAACCAUCACCAUCAUCAUCAUCAAUCUGACUACACCCAUCAUCAGCUCAAUCAGGAAUCUCCGAAUUCCAGCAGCAGCAGUAGCAGCGAAGGCGACCCCGACCAAAGACCACCAUACACCUACAGCGCCCUCAUAGUGAUGGCCAUCCGAAACAGCCACAAAAGGCUUCUUACACUCAAUGAAAUUUGCGCCUGGAUUGCGGACAAUUUUCCCUACUAUCAGAAGAACAAAAGCACUUGGCAAAACUCAAUACGCCACAACCUGAGUAUUAAUCAGUGCUUUGUGAAAGUACCCAGGCCCAUGGACGAUCCUGGUCGAGGUCAUUACUGGACACUGGACCCAUCGGCUGAAGAUGUCACCAUAGGCGCAACAACCGGACGUCUACGAAGGGGUGAUUCCAUGGCUGGAAAUCAGUAUCCAUACCAGCACCAUCAUCAUCACUAUCACCCACAUCAGGUUCCGAGCACCCCAUAUGCCAUGUACUUUCCCACACCAGAGGAAGUAAUGGCGAUGCAACAUUCGGCCUUGCAAGAACAACAAAUGUGGAAUAGUUAUCAUCUCUAUCAACAACAACAGCAACAGAUGGUUCAAAACGGCAGUGCCAUGGACACCUCAAUGGACUAUCAUUAA